AGGAUGGAGCGAAGACGCAUCACCUCUGCACGUCGCUCUUAUGCCUCCACCGAGACGGUGGUCAGGGGUCUGGGUCCCAGCCGCCACCUGGGUACCAUCCCGCGCUUCUCUCUAGCUCGAAUGCCUCCCCCACUCCCUGCCAGGGUGGAUUUCUCCCUGGCAGGUGCUCUCAAUGCUGGCUUCAAGGAGACUCGGGCCAGUGAGCGCGCGGAGAUGAUGGAGCUCAAUGACCGCUUUGCUAGCUACAUCGAGAAGGUCCGCUUCCUGGAACAGCAGAACAAAGCGCUGGCAGCUGAGCUGAACCAGCUUCGCGCCAAGGAGCCCACCAAACUGGCCGACGUCUACCAGGCAGAGCUGCGGGAGCUGCGGCUGCGGCUGGACCAGCUUACUGCCAACAGUACCCGGUUGGAGGUGGAGAGGGACAAUUUGGCACAGGACCUCAGCACCCUGAGGCAGAAGCUCCAAGAUGAAACCAACCUGAGGCUGGAGGCUGAGAAUAACCUGACUGCUUAUAGACAGGAGGCAGAUGAAGCUACCAUGGCUCGUCUGGAUCUGGAGAGGAAGAUUGAGUCGCUGGAGGAGGAGAUCCAGUUCUUGAGAAAGAUCCAUGAGGAGGAAGUUCGAGAGCUCCGGGAGCAGCUGGCCCAACAGCAGGUCCACGUGGAGAUGGAUGUGGCCAAGCCAGACCUCACAGCAGCCCUGAGAGAGAUUCGAACUCAAUACGAGGCAGUGGCCACCAGUAACAUGCAAGAGGCUGAGGAGUGGUAUCGGUCCAAGUUUGCAGAUCUCACAGACGCAGCUUCCCGCAAUGCAGAGUUGCUCCGCCAGGCUAAGCACGAGGCUAAUGACUAUCGUCGCCAACUGCAGGCCUUGACCUGCGACCUGGAGUCUUUACGUGGCACGAACGAGUCCCUGGAGAGGCAAAUGCGUGAACAAGAGGAGCGCCAUGCACGAGAGUCAGUGAGUUACCAGGAGGCGAUCACCCGGCUGGAGGAGGAGGGUCAAAGCCUCAAGGAGGAGAUGGCUCGCCACCUACAGGAAUACCAGGAUCUACUCAACGUCAAGCUAGCCCUGGACAUCGAGAUUGCCACCUAUAGGAAAUUGUUGGAGGGCGAGGAAAACCGCAUCACUAUCCCUGUACAAACUUUCUCCAACCUGCAGAUCCGAGGGGGCAAAGGCACCAAAGAAGGGGAAGGCCACAAAGUCACAAGACAUCUCAAAAGGCUCACAAUACAAGUUAUCCCAAUACAGGCUCACCAGAUUGUAAAUGGAGCCCUGCCAGCUCUCGAAACCAGCUUGGAUACCAAGUCCGUAUCAGAGGGACACCUCAAGAGGAACAUCGUGGUAAAGACAGUGGAGAUGCGUGAUGGUGAGGUCAUCAAGGAGUCCAAGCAGGAACACAAGGAUGUGGUGUGAGGGGUGCCCACCUGCUGGCUCCUGCCACACAGCAUGAAGGGCCCAAAGCUCUUCCUCAGACAGUCCUCUUCCCGUCCAUGUCGGCAUUCCCCUUCCCUUUGUUCUCAUGCCUGUCUGCUGCCUAAGACUCAGUCCUUACUCAGCCUGACAGAUGGCACAUACCCUGCGCCUCCAACUAACAGGCUACUCACCCCAAAGGGGCAGUCAGGAGGGGAGGGGCCGGCAGCUGGGUUAGAAUUGGAAGGAAAGAGGAAAGUUGGGCAGAGCAGGGAGUCUUAACGAAUCAUUUCCUUCAUCCUUGUUGUUAUGGAAACUGUUGCUAGAGCUAGAAGGCUCUGGGAACUGGACUUUGAGUUUUCACAGGCUGCUGGAGGGAGACAGAAAGUCAGACAGAAAGGGGAGGUCCCAAGGCAAAGUAGCUCUAGUCAGAGACCUAUGCUUCUGGAAAAGCCCUGACUGAUCGAGGGGUGGGUAGGGCAGACCUGCUACCCGGAAUGGCCACUAAGGCAGUCCCGAGGGUCCUCCAGAAUGGUGACUUAUGUCUCAACCCCACUGGGUUGCCACGCAGCUCAGCAGCCUGUGAGCAUAUGGAAACUUGGUUCUCAGCACUUGGAGGGGGGUGUCUAUAGCAUAAGUGGAGAGGCAAGUAGUACUGGGAGGGAGUAUAGGUGGGGUGCCUGGCCCCUAAAUGUGGGUGCAGAGAGCUCAAGCCCUGGAAGGCUCCCCUACUCAGGCUGGAGGAGCGCCAGCGGCACGGGCGGAGAUGAUUCGGACAUUGGAGUGGGAAGAGACAGGAGGGAGGGACUUCUGUCCGUUGGGCAGGGUACAGCUGUACCUCAGUAGUGAAGGUCUGUUCCUGGCUGCCUAGUCCCUACCCGCUCAGUUCUCUGCCCCGUGACUGCUGCUUCUCAACCCUGAUGAAACCACAACCACCCUUUUGAGGUUCUCCAUCUCAUAAUUACAAGCUGUUGUUCUCCAAGGCAGGGGUCCGUGUCCUUUCUUAUGCAUAUACGUAAUACUACCUAUAUUUUAGGCAUCAUCCUAUUUGACAAUUUGAGAAACUAAGGCAUGAGCCUACUGGACUGGCUCAUAUUCAAGAGGCCUAGAGGCAAGUGACGUCAGACUGCCCUUCCACACCAGAGCACCCUCUCCCGGGCUGGCUGGUGGGCAGGUGAUGGGAAACUGUGCCCAGAAAUGGGGCUGAAAGUGUCCGCUCCACUGCCCUUUCCUCCCCUUUAAGGUCAAAAAAGGAGAGUGGGGGCCCUUCCUCCUGCCAGGACAUUGUCCCCUCUCCUCCCACUCCUUGCCACUUCUACUAACCUUCAGAACAGCGCUGUCACCUUUGCUCACUAAGAAGAAAUAAAGACAUGUGUCACAGCC